UUCCAGUUUAUCGCAUCCGUCGAAGAUGAGGUAUAAUCAAGGUUAUGCGAGAACUGACUCUGAAGAUUAAGGGAUUGGCGGAAUCAGAGAGCAAAUCUAUUAAUCUGAACAUUGUUUGUCUAAGGUUCGAUGCUUUCGUUAAACAAAACGGCGUCCUUUUUCCGAUUUGCGAACCCAUUUAUUCGCACGGCAUCAAUAAUCUGAAAAGUGCUCUUACCGGCGAUUUGAAAAUAGUGAGAUUAGAUUUCUGUGUGAGUCCGGCCAAGGGAAACAAAGAAAUUUUCAUCCUGGUUGAACGUGUCACCAAAAAGAACAUAAAGAUCAGAUUCUUUGAACUUGAUGACAAUGAUCGAGUUGUUUGGGAAGAUUACGGAAGAUUUAAUGAUUUGGAUGUACAUCAUCAAUAUGCAAUUGUUUUCAAAACACCAAAAUACCGCGACGAGAACAUCACAAGCCCCGUCAAUGUAUUUAUUGAGUUGGUACGCCCAUCGGACAACGCGCGCUCGGAACCGAGAGAUUUUCGGUAUAUUCCGAAUAAAACACUUUUCAAGCAAGGAAACAAGAGAGCUAGAUAUGAUUAUAGUUCGUCGAGCUACGAUAGCUCCAAUAUUGGCAGUGAAGAACUGCCGGCAGUGAUCAAUGAAUUAACUUUGGAAAACACGAAUAAUCCGCUAAACAAUUUGAGCAUUCCCAGCGGGUUGAGCGAAGAAUUACAAAAAGCCAUGCAAAAUAUCGACUCUGACGAAUUCAAAAAGAUCUUCACAGAAAACUUGGAGGAAUAUACUUCCAUAGUGAUGUCGACAGAUGCUCCGAAAAGUAGUCAGAGUCGUAUGCAAUCUGUUAAAAGGAUGAUUCAAAGCAGAAAAUUGAAUUGGUCAUCCAGCAGGAUCGAACAAGAUUCACUCCCUUCAACGCAUAAUGCAAUCAAAAUGGAAGUAUCCAAAGAAGAUAAACUGAUGGCUGAAAGACAUAUCAAAGAAUUGCGGAGUUUUCUCAAAACAAGCCGCAACCCAAACAAGGCAGUUGAGUUUCUCAAUUACUACUUGGGCGAAGAUAAAAAGACAAAUGCUCUACAUAUCUCCAUUUGUCAAAAAGAUAACGAAUCAGCCAUGUUCCUCCUGAAAAUUAUGGCAUACUAUAGACAGUUCGACCUCAUUGGAAAGGAAAAUGCUGACAAUCAAACCGCUCUUCAUUUAGCAGUUCUUUGUCACAACGAAUUACUGGUGAAGUCACUUUUGCUGUGCCAUGCAAAAGUAUCGGCUUUAGAUGCUGAACUGAAUACUUCAUUGCAUUUAGCUGUCAAGUGCCAUGUUUCAAAGAAAAUUUACAAUGGAGAUACGGCGUUAAUUAUUGCAAUUGAAAAGAACAAUAUUAUGGCAGUCAACCUACUAUGUGGAAGAAAAGCCAACAUAAAUCAAAUUCACCCUAAGAAUGGUUUUGUACCUUUGCGUUUUGCAAUUGAAAAACAGUACUCAGAGGCCAUCAAAUACCUUUUAUCCCUUCCAGCUUUGGAUGCUACGAUAAAAGAUUUCACCAAUGUUUCUCCAUUUUCAGCUGCCUUACAGAAGGAAUCUCCAAAAGAAAUAUUGGAUAUGGUCAGAAAAUAUAUGAAUGACCGGGGUAUGUCUGUAGAAGUUAAAGAAGAAGUUGAAGACGAAUCUGAGGAUGAAAUGGAAAUUGAUGUAAGUGACUUCUUGUCAGUUGUAAUUGAGGAAGAUGAUGUGAAACCACCCAUUCCAUUAGAUGAACUAGAAAAACUCUACGAGGGGUGCAACAGUUUCAAUCCUCGGUAUUUAGAAGAAAUUUCAACGCUGUUAGACAUAAGCGAGAAUUGGGGAUCUCUCUCCCAGUUGCUAGAAGUAGACCAUUUGAUAAGCAGCGGUUUGAUUCGUUCAGAAGGAAGUAUGAGUAAGGCGCUCCUUACAUAUUGUGUUGAGACAAACCACGAUUCUUUGUGGAUGAUACGAAAUUUCCUGGAGAACUUGGACGAGUUCAGAGUCGUCCAAAUCAUGGAUCAGAUGGUCCGAGAAGGAAAAAAUUAACUAACUUUUUUUCAUCUUCAAUGAUAUGAUUUUGUUUUUGUACAUAUAUUUUUAGUUAUUAGUUUUUUAUUAUGAACUGACUAUGUUACAAAUUUAUCUACAUCUUUUAAAAUACACGUUGUUUUAUUUUUCA